AUGGCGACCCAACUGGUGAACAGGCACCUCUUAAGGCACAACACUCGCCACAAUCAGGCGAGUCCAUACCAGGACCGCCUCUUUACAGGGUGCUACUACCAGCCCUCCUACCGGGGCUUACCAACAGGCAGUGGACGCGAGCCAUCACGGGCAGCAUGCAUGACCACGGCAGCGAUCGCGGAGUUCUUGGACCUUUGGGAAGCCACGGCGGAUGUCAACCUACGUUCUAUCCCUUUCCGUGGUCACUCGCUGAUCUGGAAGACUUGGGCGCCGCUGAAAGUGAAGAUCAUCCUCUGGCUCUCGUUCCGGAAGCGACACUGGACGAAUGACAGGCGAGCAAGGCAUGGCCUCGAAGCCAGGGAAGAAUGCUACCUCAGCGAUCUGGCACCGGAGACGACUGAUCACAUCCUUUGUUUCUGCCCAUAUGCAAGAGAGGUAUGGUUCCACAUAUGCCAAGCCCUAGGCCGCCCGCUCCCACCCAUGGCUCAGUCGGUCCUCGGCUGGUGGAAACGCUUAAGGGGGGGGCUUGCAGGAAAAUCAGAGGAAGGGUGUCGAUUCGCUAUUCGCGCUAACCUCCUGGCAUAUAUGGAAAGAGAGGAAUGUACGGUGUUUCCGGGAGGCCACGACCACGGUGCCGGACCUUCUGCUUAUCAUCAAGGGAGAGGCCGAUCAGUGGGCUCAAGCGGGCGCCAAGGAUUUGAGGAGUUCAGCGUGGGGGGUGUUGGGGGGGGUAGCCUCUUACCCACCGAGUUCUUCAAUGUACUUUUUCGUUUCUGA